UUCGCGUCGCGACUACAUGAGGAGACGAAUCUCUUCUCCGCCGUUUUCGCUUUCGUUUGCACGCGUUGCGCAAUCCUUCGCCGCGUAUCUAUCGCGAAUCCAGCGUCACAAUUUUUAAUCGUGCACUUUACGUGUCGUGUUCUAUCGUCGGUGUAUCUGUAUCACAGCACUGUGAUCACCUCAGCGAAAGAGAAGCGGAGCGUGUUACGCAAAUCUGGGAAAGUAGCUCCGUUGAAUGAUGGUGUCCUCGACAAUGACAGAAAACGAGCAAGUGUGCCCGGUGAAGAAACCGUGCGCGGCGGGCAUUGCACCGGGCGAUUAUUGCCUGGUCGGCUGGGAUAUGGACACCACCGGCAAGAAGGUCAUCGAUGAGAUCUGCCAAAUAGCCGCGUACACCCGCAGCACCACUUACUCGCAGUACGUGAUGCCGUACAAGGAUCUCAAUCCGACCGCCAUAAAGCGUCACAGUAUGAAAGUCGUGACCAAUGGCAAAUUCCGCGUGCUCAGAAACAGUAAGACCAACGAGGUAAUCAAAUCAAAAAGCGAAGUGUCCGCGCUGACGGAAUUUCUGAGCUGGCUGGAGUCCGUGAAGGGAAACACGGACGGCGUGAUUCUGGUUUAUCACGAGCCACGCAAGGUCAUUCCCGCGAUGCUGCUCGAGUCGCUAAAGAAGUACGAUCUGGUUGACCGAUUCAAGCAAACGGUGAAGGGAUUCGCGAACGGGUUCAACAUUGCCGAGGAGAAGUGCGCGAACUCGGCGCACAUUUACUCCCUUCGUACUUUGUCACGUACGCUGCUGAAAAAGGAAGCGAAUUUGGGUAAUGCACAAGACAGAGCGUCAUUGGCGCUGCAAAUAGCACAAUACUUGUGUUCGAUCGAAAAUGGGAAACCGAUCGAAGAUCCGAGCGAUAUCGGAGAUAGCGAUGUAGCUAUGAAAAAAGCAAUCGAAUUCAUUCGAGAAUUUGCCCAACCUGUUGACAUCGAGGAGCAAGAACACGGCAAACUAAAGAUGAUAUUCGAACGGCAGAACAACUUGCGGCCGAUAUUCAGCGCACUAUUCCGUAUGAACCGUCGCGAGCGUCAACAUGCUAGUCCCCUGCGGCGAUUGCUUGCCGAAGCCGGGAUCGUGUACUCGGAGCUACAGGACGCGUGGACUAACGCGAAGAAGGACGGAUUAGAACAUUUGAUGAAAGAAAAGCUGCCGACAGUCGAAGAGAAAAAAAUGGAAGAUCUAAUGACAAUCCUCGAGCGUCACUUCGAUCCGGAGAAGAAGCCGAAGGGCAGAACGCCGGAGAAGAGAGGCAUCAGGUCGAAGAAUGAGAAAAAGAUAAGCGACGACAAAGAGAAUAACAAUAAGAGCGACUCGGGCCACGACAGCCCUGACACCACUACGUCCGGCUCGCCAGUGAAAAUGAACGACGACGGUGUCGAAAUUAAAACGCAGGAGUGCGCCGAACACGUUUAACAAUGCUAAGCUUUUACGCAAAGCGGGAGUACUUCGCGACCAUUGUGCGUUUUAUCGUUCGUAAUUUACCGUUUUUGACAUACGAGCGAACGUGGAUUCUUUUUUGUUGCCAUAACGGUUACGAAUGACGAAAAAUAAAAUUGACGACUGACAAGUGACGAACGUAGAUUUAGCGUAUCAAAAUGGAAUACGACUGGCCGGACGUUUGCGCGUGUAUUUUAUGAAACGCCGCUAAAUUUAUGUUCUUCUAUUUAAAAAAAGGAGUCGCGAAGAGACUCACAUUUUUGCGGCAAUAUAGAAUAAGCGUGUUAGAUAUUAAAAGUACGAUUGCUCUGACAAUCGGACGUUGUUGUGCGUGAUCAAGGACGUGUUAUUUGUUUUAGUAUUGUUCUUUUUUCUUUUUUUUUCUUUUUUUUUCUUUUUGUUCACGCAACUCUUGUUCGUCGGUAUCAUUAAGAUGACAUUAGGAUUCCUAUGACACACCGUCGAAUUCAGUUGACUCGAAUGUACAAAUAACACAUUAGGUGACAUUUAGUUUGUUGCGCGCAGAGAUAUUUAAUAUCGUUUCAUAAUUUUAUACUCAUUUGUUUUCUCUCCUUCUCUCGUUUCUUUUUCCUCUUUUAUUUAUCCCAGAAUUCGUACGCUCAUGCAAGCGUUCGUUUAUAGACUGUUAAGCGUGAGGAGUAUGGCCGAUGCGGGUUUCGCUACUCCAUAGCUUACGAACGUGUACUGUAGUGUGCACCAUAUUUUCUACUUUUUACUGUGUAAGCCGCGCGCAUGAAGCGUGUAUGUAGUAGUAUUAGAAAAAAUAUAUUUUUGUAUCGCCGCGCGAUAAUACGCCAUUUCGUUUCUGCUGUGAGAUCUCAUUGUAUCACGAAUAAUAAAGAUUCCAAUUUACUUGCUUUAAUUUUAUAACAUCGUAAACUGGCGUUUAUAUCGCUAAUUAUUCGACAUAAAUACAGUAUUUUUGGCGAAUUGA